AUUCGAAAGUAAGUUCCAAGUAACCUUUUAAACGGAAGUUGCGUGACAUGAGACUCACGCAGUCACGGUUAGGUUAAGAUUGAAAUAGGAGAGGUGAUAAUUAGAGUGAUAGGUUUGAGGAGAGAGCGUUGGAAGUUUGUGACGUGGUGAACGUUGAUGAUAAACAAUGAAAGAAUUUGACGAUUGAGAGUACAGUGUACCCCACAAGUUCGGUACACUUUUUCUCUAAAUUUAUUUUUGUUUCCGAUCUCUAGCUUCACAGCAAUUAUUUCUUUCCUUUCGCCGAGAAACCACGGGUUACCAUAGCACGUAAAUUAAAGUUAACUGUCACGUGUGGUGUGUAUCAUCAUCCUCAUUAUCAUCAUCAUCGCUCGUUGGGCCAGUAGGUGCAUAAGGCCGUCACAUUGUCCGCCCAACCCCCCUGUUGCGUGCCGCCACCCCAGCCACAAUCCAGCUCUUCCAUAUCGCCUUGCCUUUUUCCUCUUUCAACAGUCCCUCUCCAACUGGUCUUUGGUCUCCCUCUCGCCCUUUGACAUUCUGGUGUCCACCCCAAUACCGCAAAAAAGUCGUUCACACCCUCUCUCCUGAGUAAAUGUCCUAAACAGUUCCACCUUCUUCUUCCCACCUCGCAACCAAUUUUAUUGGUGUCUGCCAUUUCAACUACUCUCCUGUUUGUCAUUCUUUGCUGCCAUCUUGUCCUCAGUAUCCGUCUUAGGCAUUAGUACUGAAAACUUUUCAGUGUUCUUUCAUCGGUCUUUGUGAUUUUCCAUGUUUCACAACCAUGUAGCAGGACCGAUCGGACUAAAGUCUUGAAUUGGCACAUCUUGGCUCUCUUUCCUAUUCUUCUGGCUACCCACACCUUCCAUAGCCUCUGGAAUGCACCUCGUGCCUUCUGCAUUCUGUUCCUAAUAUCUUCACUGCCUCCACCUUUCUCUUCUACAAUAGCUCCAAGAUACGCAAACUCCUCGACAUCUUUCACUUCUUCACCAUUCACCACAAUGCUCUCCCUGUUCGUUGCAAACUCCAUCCUCAGUGUCUUGCUGUUGUCUUCCUCAUGAUCCAAUCCAUAGCCAGUAGGAAUAAGAAUCCUGACAUUACGCAUCCCUGCUUUACUCUUGACUAAAUCUUGAACCAGUCUGAUAUCUCCCAUCCGUCGAUUACGGCGCAUUCAAACCCUCCGUAUAUCCCCACUACCACUCUCACCAUCUUGCGCGGAAUUCCAUAGCUCCCCGUGGUGUUCCACGAGCUUUCUCUGUGUACCGAAUCGAGGGCUUCUUUUCAAAGUCCACAAAGUGCGUGUGCAGACUCGCCCUCCAGUCGUUUGCCUGCUCUAAGAUGUUUCUUUAAUGUAAAGAUCUGUUCAGUUGUAUUUCCAUUUGGUCUAAAGCCGGCCUGCUCUUUUUUAAGCUUCUUGUCUAAACCUUUCUUGAUCCGUUCUAGCAGCAUCCUGUGGAAUAUUCUAUUGAUGGUGGGUAGCAAAGUCACUCCUCUCCAAUUGUUACAAUCACGCAAAUCACCUUUCUUAAAUAUAUUGACAACAAGUCCCUUCUUACACACUUCUGGCCACCUUUCUCUUUUCUAAAGCCUGUUAUAUCAUCAGUCUGCCCACUUGCGGUGUAUUCCAUGUCAGCCCUUAGUAGGUCUGGGCACUGGCUUUGUUUUCCUGAACGCAUCCUUAACCUCUUGUAUUCGCCAUCUUCCUAUAUCGAUUUCCUCAAUCUACUCCAGUUCUUCUGUUUCUUCUUUCUCUUCCACCGGAUUUGUGGGGUCAUCUCUGUUUAAAAUUUUACUCAAGUUCUCUACCCAGCUCUGCAAUCUUUCUUGUGAUUCUGUCUUAUGCACCCCCAGUUUGUCUUUCACACGCAAUUCUCGCCUCCUCUGUUCCCGGCUAUUGUCUUGGUUAUGCUGUUUAGCUCCUCGUUUCUACCAUUCUCAGCGGCCUUGUCUGCUGCUGUAGCCCUUUCCUCCAACCAAUUCCUCUUAUCCUCCCUAGCACUCUCUUUCACUUCCUUUUCUUUCGCACUAUACUCCUCUCUCUAUCGCUGUUCAAGUCGUUCCAAUCUCGCACCCUCUAUAUUAAGUUUUGCGUCUUACCCCUCCUGAAUUUUUUCCCACGUCGUGUCUCCUAUCCAUGGCUUGCUCUCCUUUUUUACCUUCCAAUAACUUUCUAUGUGGCAUCUCUGUACGUCACCAAGAUCUUGUCGUGCUUCCUUUGAAUCUUCUAUAUCUCAUAUCGUUGCAAACCUGUUCUUCACUUUAAUGUUAUAUCUCCUCCUGAUCUCUUCACUUUGCAACUAACACACGUCAAAUCUCACACUUGUUUUCUUCUUCCCAUGCGCCUUUGCCAACUUUAGUCUCAUUCUGGUUCUCACCAGGUAGUAGUCACCAUAUACGUCUGCUCCUCCCAUCACUCUCGUGUCCAGAAUCGAUGUUCUCAUGCGUCCAUUCACAAAGACAUGGUCGAGCUGGUUAACAGUCUUCCCACCUGGUGACUUCCAGGUCAGCUUAUGGAUCUCUUUCUGUAGGAAACUGUUCCAGUUACAACUAAGCCAUUCGUACCACAGAGGUCACAUAACCUUUCCCAUUAUCAUUCAUGACUCCGACACUAAAUUUCCUCAGUACCUCCUCUCUGUUAAUGUUGUUACUCCCGUAAGCGUUCAGGUCUCCCAUCAUCAAAAUCAUAUCAUGACUACUGCAGCUUGCAACAGAGUCUCGCAGUUGAUUGUAAAAUUCAUCCUUUUCCUCGUCCAUCGCAUCGUCUGUUGGUGCAUAUGCUUUUAUUACCGUUAGCUUUUGUGUUUUGAGUAGAAUCUUGCCUUAAUGGUCCUCAUGCAGAUUGGCAUCCAUUCCAUUAAGGCUCUCUUUGUCCUCACACUCAUCAUGAUGGGGACUCCUCCUUGUUGCAUUCCCUUAUCUCCCACGUACGCCACCCUCUCACUACCUUGCAGUGUUCUUGAUCCCAUCAGCAUGCUUGAACUAAGGGAAAAGUGAUCCUUGAUGUUAGGAGACUUGCAAUUUAGCUUUUGUAAGAGUACCAUCACCAAUUACCUCACAAGCUGAAAAAAACUACCAGCUCAGCAGAAGACGAUAAUCGUACAGCUUAAAAACUCCCUUGUCAUUGACUUCGACCAUGAGUUCCCUGCGUAAUUUUGUUCUUGGGCUGAGUGAUUCAGUGUCAACAUUUUAACCUAGUUUUUUCUCUCUAAUAUGCGAAGGGGCCAAAUCAGGUGAGAUCUGUCGAGUUCCAUAUUUCAGGUCGACUGUGUCUCGAAAAAUACCUAUCGUGGAACCAAGUGAACACUGAAAGAAAGAAACAAAUUAACAAAUAAGGAAGCAAGAAGAUGGUUUCUUUCACAUAUAAACCGUAUCCUUGUUGCUCUGAACACUUUUCUGUAUUAUACUGACGUUUAAGUUAUGAGUGACAGUGGAUCUUUACCACUCUCUUUUCCUCCCUUUUAUUAGCCCUUGACUCCAUCGAGCAAAUUGUUUUGAAAGCGAGAGUUUUUCAAUUGCCCUUACUUCCUCUCUAAAAUAUAAUUGACAUGUAUCAGCGAAAAUAUCUUGGUAGGUAAAUAAAUAUUCACACCAAGUACCACAAAACCGUUAAAGGAUCAGCAAAAGUAUAGCGACCUACUCACAUAACCGAAUUGGGUACUAACAUAACUAUGGUUUUAAUAGGAUGUAACUGAUAAUGGCCACUGGGUUGAAGUACACCACAGAGCAACUGAAUUACUACAGGAUUUGUUACGUUGUCACUGACAUACUAACUGAGGGUCUGCGAACCAUCUUCAAACAAGAAUGGGACAAUCGAUACAAGACAACACUGGGAGAAUGGAAAGAUCAACCCAAAAAUGGAAUGGACUUCUGGAAUGGCGAGUCUACUCGAAACAGAAAAAGAAACGCUGGGCUGUUGACAACCAUGAAGAAUGGCGAUAGAGCUGAGUGGGAUUGUACCAUGCUGUUUUACGCUAUCCUGUAUUCAGAUUGCAUAUAUUCUCUCAAUCCAUCAAUUAGAUCAAAUGCGGACGACUUAAGGAAAUUUCGAAAUGAAGAAUUUGCACAUAUGCCUCGGGGCCACCUCUCCAACGGAGAUUUCCAAACUGUCAUUACAAAGGUUAAAACUGCAUUCCACGCACUCGGUCUCCCGACAUUGAAAAUCAAUGAAGUUCAAAAUCAGACAAACUUCUUAACAGAGGAGUUAGACGAGGUUUUAAGGAAGGUGGACGACUUGAAACAAGAAGUUAAGGACAAGGAAGAGGAACUUCAAGUGAAAGAAGAACAGAGGCUUGCCUUAGAAGAGCAAUUACAUUCCGAUGUCUCUCCAUUUUGCAUUCUCCCUCCCAAACCUAGCCACGACAUCGCUCCUCGGGAAUCUGAAGUUGGUGAAGUUUUACAAAACCUCCAAACACUAAAAGACGCCAAUGAUGGGUUGAGCAUACUGUAUUUGUCAGGAAAUCCAGGAAGUGGAAAAUCUCAGCUGGCCCGUUUAGCAGCCAGGCGAUUUUACGACGAGGUCGAACAAAUACCUUCCGCAGCUUCAUUUGUCAUGACGUUGAAUGCUGAAAACUCAGAAGCACUUUUGAAAUCGUAUGUCCUUUUCGCUCAACAUUGCAAAUGUCCCGGGUAUGAAAUAACAAACACUUACCGCUCCAAGGAUUUGAACACAGACGAGAAGAUUUCAUAUUUCAAGACCUUAAUAAGUACAAAAAUUGAGCAUUACGCUUCAUGGCUGUUAGUAGUUGAUAAUGUGACCAGCGAAUCUCGUACAAGCGAUUAUUUGCCAGAUGCAGACAGCGAGUUGUGGGCAAGGGGUCAGAUGCUAAUAACAACACAAGACACUGCGUCUAUGCCGUUGUCAAGCUCUUCCAUACGAAAUAUCUCACUCAGCGCUGGAAUGCAUCCUGAUGAUGCAUGCUUUCUGCUGAACCUCCUCACUGGAACCACGGAUGUCAAGAUUGUAAAAGAAACUGCGAAAGUACUCGACUACCAGCCACUUGCCUUGGCAGGCGCAGCCACGUAUGUAAGACAAGUUCGUCAGAAUAAAGCAACCUCGAAAUUUGGCUGGACCGACUAUUUGAAGAAAUUGGAAAUGGGGAAACGAAGUGCUACUGAAAACAUUCUUGCUGAGACAAAUCCAUGCUAUUCAAAGUCCAUGACCAAAGCAAUAACACUCGCCGUCGAAAAGGCGAUGGCAGAUGACAUAAUUUGGCAUCGCACGUUCCUUUUUCUCUCAAUGUGUGCAUCACAGCCGAUCCUGCAAGACAUUAUUACCGAGUAUAUCAAAGCAACUGAUGACGAUUUUGAAGAUGAAGAUAUGAUAAGAACAAGGAUGAGUCGAUGUUCACUGUUGCUAAUUGAAGAAGAAUCAACUGGUGUUUAUAUUCGAGUCCAUGGUGUCGUUCUUGAUGUUAUUAAAUCUGCGACAAAAGGUUUCGCAAAGGAUCAAAGCUACAAAGUGGUGUAUGGCGCGGUAAUGUCUUUCUCAAAAUUUGAAGAGCUGGAAUCUAUUGUUGUGGGAACAAGAAUAGUUCCCCAUCUUACAACGUUGAGCUUAAAAAUUGAAGACAUGUCACUCGGGAAAGGAAUACCAGAAGCGAGCAAUAGAGCCUUGUGUAAUUUUCCGGAUGGCCUUUGGAGCCUUACUAACAUGUGCCUAAACCACAGUGAGUUUAGAGCGGCGCUAGUCUAUGGUAAAUGGCUGUUAAAAAUUCAAAUGAAAAGGCUGGGACCUGAGCAUGUUGAUGUUGCAAGCUCUUACAACAAUCUGGGUACUUUACACAGUGAUCUGGGCGACACAGAUGAAGCAAAAGACUGCUAUAAGCGUGCACUGGAGAUUCAGAUGAAACAGCUGGGACCUGAGCAUGUUGAUGUUGCAAGCUCUUACAACAAUCUGGGUACUUUACACCAGGCUCUGGGCGACACAGAUGAAGCAAAAGACUGCUAUAAGCGUGCACUGGAGAUUCAGAUGAAACAGCUGGGACCUGAGCAUGUUCAUGUUGCAACCUCUUACAACAAUCUGGGUACUUUACACAGUGAUCUGGGCGACACAGAUGAAGCAAAAGACUGCUAUAAGCGUGCACUGGAGAUUCAGAUGAAACAGCUGGGACCUGAGCAUGUUGAUGUUGCAACCUCUUACAACAAUCUGGGUACUUUACACAGUGAUCUGGGCGACACAGAUGAAGCAAAAGACUGCUAUAAGCGUGCACUGGAGAUUCAGAUGAAACAGCUGGGACCUGAGCAUGUUGAUGUUGCAAGCUCUUACAACAAUCUGGGUAAUUUACACAGUGAUCUGGGCGACACAGAUGAAGCAAAAGACUACUAUAAGCGUGCACUGGAGAUUAACAUGAAACAGCUGGGACCUGAGCAUGUUGAUGUUGCAAGCUCUUACAACAAUCUGGGUACUUUACACAGUGAUCUGGGCGACACAGAUGAAGCAAAAGACUGCUAUAAGCGUGCACUGGAGAUUCAGAUGAAACAGCUGGGACCUGAGCAUGUUGAUGUUGCAAGCUCUUACAACAAUCUGGGUACUUUACACAGUGAUCUGGGCGACACAGAUGAAGCAAAAGACUGCUAUGAGCGUGCACUGAAGAUUCGCAUGAAACAGCUGGGACCUGAGCAUGUUGAUGUUGCAAGCUCUUACAACAAUCUGGGUAAUUUACACAGUGAUCUGGGCGACACAGAUGAAGCAAAAGACUGCUAUAAGCGUGCACUGGAGAUUCAGAUGAAACAGCUGGGACCUGAGCAUGUUGAUGUUGCAAGCUCUUACAACAAUCUGGGUACUUUACACAGUGAUCUGGGCGACACAGAUGAAGCAAAAGACUGCUAUAAGCGUGCACUGGAGAUUCAGAUGAAACAGCUGGGACCUGAGCAUGUUGAUGUUGCAAGCUCUUACAACAAUCUGGGUACUUUACACAGUGAUCUGGGCGACACAGAUGAAGCAAAAGACUGCUAUAAGCGUGCACUGGAGAUUCAGAUGAAACAGCUGGGACCUGAGCAUGUUGAUGUUGCAACCUCUUACAACAAUCUGGGUACUUUACACAGUGAUCUGGGCGACACAGAUGAAGCAAAAGACUGCUAUAAGCGUGCACUGGAGAUUCAGAUGAAACAGCUGGGACCUGAGCAUGUUCAUGUUGCAACCUCUUACAACAAUCUGGGUAAUUUACACAGUGAUCUGGGCGACACAGAUGAAGCAAAAGACUGCUAUAAGCGUGCACUGGAGAUUCAGAUGAAACAGCUGGGACCUGAGCAUGUUGAUGUUGCAACCUCUUACAACAAUCUGGGUACUUUACACAGUGAUCUGGGCGACACAGAUGAAGCAAAAGACUGCUAUAAGCGUGCACUGGAGAUUCGUCUGAAACAGCUGGGACCUGAGCAUGUUGAUGUUGCAACCUCUUACAACAAUCUGGGUAAUUUACACAAGGCUCUGGGCGACACAGAUGAAGCAAAAGACUGCUAUAAGCGUGCACUGGAGAUUCAGAUGAAACAGCUGGGACCUGAGCAUGUUGAUGUUGCAACCUCUUACAACAAUCUGGGUAAUUUACACAGUGAUCUGGGCGACACAGAUGAAGCAAAAGACUGCUAUAAGCGUGCACUGGAGAUUCGUCUGAAAAAGCUGGGACCUGAGCAUGUUGAUGUUGCAAGCUCUUACAACAAUCUGGGUAAUUUACACAGUGAUCUGGGCGACACAGAUGAAGCAAAAGACUGCUAUAAGCGUGCACUGGUAAUUUAUAUCUCCAAGUAUGGUCAAGAACAUGUAAGGACACUAGAGGUCAGCAGGAACUUAUCUCGGCUAAAACAGAAAAGAAAGAGAGUUGAUGACCUUGGAGCUGUUUUGGAAAAGAAGAAAAGAGACUCGUGUUAAUAGUUUAGUAACUGUGCUGAUUCAUAGACGUUGUUGGUCUUUAAUUUAGGUUUACUCGUUGUGUUUUCUUUGCACGUGAGAACUUAGACCGUUUUAAUUUUUUCAUAAUAUCUUGCAUAAUUUGUGCUUUUAAUAUUCCGAUCUGGAAACUCGCACAAUUGAUAUGGUUUUUUUUUAUUUCUGAACAAGUAGUUCAUUACUUUCUCAUUUCUGAGGUUGCUACAAAAGGUUGCAGUUCGACGGAUAAUCAACAGUCAGAAUAUGCACCCAAGUAAAGAAAUUUUUAAGUUGCUAAUCAUUGCUGCUUUUUCAGAAUCGUGCUCUUUUAAAUUGAUGAUUUUUAUUCAUAUUCAUAAUUAAGAGAGAGUAUCCAUAAAAGUGGUCCGGCCGAUCUAGCUUGAAAAAUAGAUUUCGCUGAUUUCUUGUACAUUGAAAGACUUUCAUGUCCUUAUUCUAGAACCACAAUCCACUUCAUCUGAUCUUUAAAAUUUAUCGAGUUAUGAGAGAUUUUCUGAUCACCCCAGCGAACACUCGUGGCGACCCAUGUCGAGGCUCAAAUUUAAGGUAACAUUGGAGGUCGAUUUUUCGAAAACUGUCAUGCCCUUUAUAAAACAAACACCAAAACGAGCGAUUUAACAAAAACAAUGUUUUACUAGCUGAAAAAAGAGUAGAAAUAGAUAUUAUUAGAUAUUAGAACAAAAUCCAUGAUAUUUCGCUGUUCACAGGAAACGUAUUAAAGUUUUUCACUAAACGCUUCA